AUGAAUUUUGACCGUGCAGAAGGAUUGGAAUUUGGAGGGACCAACUCCGACGUCGAUCCGAGUGUCGUUGCGGAACUGCCCGAUGGCUGUCGGAUUCUCUCAACCGAAGGACAUGGCAUCAGCUUUUGGGCGAACACUGGCCGUAUCGAUAUCGAAUUGGCGGAUGGGCAGACUGAGCAAUCCUUUUUCAUCAAGGUCCUCUCUAAUGACAUCGGCAGAAACAUGGUACAUGGCGAAUUCGAGUCAAUGAAAGCCAUUUACACCCUGCUACCAGACUUUGUACCAAAGCCGAUCGCCUGGGGCACGUAUCAGAGCAACCCAGACACCCACUUCUUCCUCUGUGAAUAUCGAGAGAUGACAGAUGAUAUGCCUGAUCCCGAGAAGUUCUCAGCACAACUGGCCCUGCUGCACAGGAACAGCGAGUCUCCCACUGGCAAGUUCGGCUUUCAUAUCACAACGUACAGCGGCAACCUACCCCAAUUGAACGACUGGGAGGACAGGUGGGAGGCAUACUUUGCGAAGAGCAUGCGCUGGGCGCUAGACCUAGAACUGAAAGCCAGAGGACCCGAUCCGGAGUUUGAUACGCUAAUACCGACCCUGUUCGACAAGGUGAUUCCUCGGUUGCUUCGCCCACUCGAGAGUGAGGGGAGAUCCGUCAAACCUUCACUUGUACACGGGGACCUCUGGUAUGCUAAUUCGGGAAUCGAUGCUGAUACCGGUUCCUCCCUGGUAUUCGAUGCUUGUUGUUUUUACGCACACAAUGAAUAUGAAUUCGGCCAAUGGAUGCCAGCAUGCAACAAAUUCGGUGCCCCGUACUUAACCGCCUAUCGCUCAUAUGUCCAAAUAUCUCAGCCAGAAGAGGAUUAUCACGGACGGCUGGAUCUCUACAAACUGUGA